CGCCUCUGCCCCCGGUGCCACCAAGCCAAUGCGUCUCCUCACUCAAACGUCUUGUGCUGAAAUCCAUCGGGAGGGAAGGAAUGUACCAUUUCCAGGCGGGGAGCGGGGAAGAAGUAUAAAAUAAGGUGGUACUCGCCUGCAGUAACAGAACUGCAUGCAGUAUGCUCGGUGUGCAUGCGAGUUGAAGGGAGGAAGUGCAGCCCCGGCCGAUAAGAUGGCAAGAGCCAAGAUGAAGAAUUCUCCAUCGGAGAUCAGCACAGGUUCCAAAAUCGUCCCACCAAUUACCAGGGAAGACCUGAAUGGAGUCAGCCCCCUGCUACCGGCUCAAAUCAUGGGGUCCCUGACGAGCGACGCAGGGCAGAGAGUACAAGUCGAAUUUUAUGUCAAUGAAAACACCUUCAAGGAAAGACUCAAGCUCUUCUUCAUCAAGAACCAAAGAUCAAGCCUCAGAAUCCGUCUCUUCAAUUUCUCGCUGAAGCUCCUCUCAUGUCUCCUGUACAUAGUGCGAGUUUUGCUGGAAGAGCCAGCUCGUGGAAGCGGAUGCUCUAAUUGUGAGAAGCAGAACAACACAACAAAGUCACAUACAACCAGUAUUAACUGGGAACCAAUUAUUUGGGUGGACAGGCAGACGCCGCUCUGGGCUAUUCAGGUCACCGUGGCCAUCAUCAGUUUCUUGGAGACGAUGCUGCUGAUGUAUCUCAGCUAUAAGGGGAACAUCUGGGAACAAAUCCUCAGGAUCUCGUUCAUUCUGGAGAUGAUAAACACGGUUCCUUUCAUCAUCACGAUAUUUUGGUCGCCACUACGAAAUCUGUUCAUCCCGGUUUUUAUGAACUGCUGGCUGGCAAAAUGUGUCUUGGAGAAUAUGAUCAAUGACCUCCACCGCGCCAUCCAGAGGACGCAGUCGGCCAUGUUUAAUCAGGUGAUCAUUCUGAUCUGCACCCUGCUAUGCCUGGUGUUCACAGGGAUGUGCGGUAUUCAGCAUCUGGAAAGAGCCGGGGAAAACCUUUCACUCUUCAAAUCAUUUUACUUCUGCAUCGUCACUUUCUCUACGGUGGGAUAUGGAGAUGUGACUCCUAAAAUCUGGCCAUCGCAGCUCCUGGUGGUCAUUAUGAUCUGCGUGGCCCUCGUGGUGUUACCUCUCCAGUUUGAGGAGCUGGUGUACUUGUGGAUGGAGCGUCAGAAAUCUGGAGGAAACUACAGCCGCCAUAGAGCCCAGACGGAGAAGCAUGUUGUCUUAUGUGUCAGCUCCCUCAAGAUCGACCUCCUCAUGGACUUCCUCAAUGAGUUCUACGCACAUCCUCGGCUCCAGGAUUACUACGUGGUUAUCCUUUGCCCAACAGAAAUGGAUAUCCAGGUCCGACGGGUACUGCAGAUACCGCUGUGGUCCCAGAGAGUCAUCUAUCUGCAAGGGUCGGCCCUCAAAGAUCAAGACCUCAUGAGAGCAAAGAUGGACGACGCCGAGGCUUGUUUUAUCCUCAGUAGCCGGAACGAGGUGGACCGCACUGCCGCAGACCAUCAAACCAUCCUGAGAGCCUGGGCUGUGAAAGAUUUUGCCCCUAACUGUCCCCUAUAUGUCCAGAUUUUGAAGCCUGAAAAUAAGUUCCAUGUCAAAUUUGCCGAUCACGUGGUUUGUGAAGAAGAAUUCAAGUAUGCAAUGCUGGCACUCAACUGUGUGUGCCCUGCCACCUCCACCCUCAUCACACUUCUCGUUCAUACCUCAAGGGGGCAGGAAGGCCAGCAGUCCCCGGAGCAGUGGCAGAGAAUGUAUGGCCGAUGCUCCGGCAACGAAGUCUAUCAUAUCCGUAUGGGAGACAGCAAAUUCUUCAUGGAGUAUGCAGGGAAGAGUUUCACGUACGCGGCUUUCCAUGCCCACAAGAAGUAUGGGGUCUGCUUGAUAGGAGUAAGGAGAGAGGACAACAAAAGUAUAUCGCUGAACCCCGGACCCAGGCACAUUAUGGCCAAAUCUGACACGUGUUUCUACAUCAAUAUCACCAAGGAGGAAAACUCUGCAUUUAUCUUCAAACAAGAAGAGAAGCAGAAACGGAAAGGGCGAGGGAUAUGUGGAGAACCAUCCAGGCUUCCAGUGCACAGCAUCAUCGCCAGCAUGGGUACAGUAGCCAUGGAUCUCCAAAACACAGAAUGCCGGCCGAUCAACAGCAGCAAGUUGACUCUUCCAUCCGAAAAUGGUUCCGGCACCAGAAGGCCCAGUAUUGCUCCGGUUCUGGAAAUUGCAGACAGUAGUACGGUGCUGCCAUGUGACAUGCUUAGUGACCAAUCGGAGGACGAAAUGACUCAGUCUGAUGAUGAAGGCCUUCCCGUCCUGGAGUAUGUCAAAGGCUACCCCCCAAACUCUCCGUAUAUUGGAAGCUCGCCAACGCUCUGCCAUCUUCUACCUUCCAAAGCUGCUUUCUGUUGCCUCCGCCUGGACAAGGGCUGCAAGCACAACAGUUUUGAAGAUGCAAAAGCCUACGGCUUUAAGAACAAGCUAAUCAUCGUAUCAGCCGAGACGGCGGGGAACGGACUUUAUAAUUUCAUCGUCCCUCUGAGAGCUUACUACAGAUCUCGAAAGGAGCUCAACCCCAUUGUUCUGCUGCUGGAUAACCCGCCGGACAAUCACUUCCUGGAGGCAAUUUGCUGUUUUCCGAUGGUCUACUUUAUGGUCGGCACCAUAGAUAAUUUGGAUAAUUUGCUGCAAUGUGGGAUUAUCUAUGCUGACAACCUGGUGGUCGUGGACAAGGAAAGCACGAUGAGCGCAGAGGAGGACUAUAUGGCGGAUGCAAAGACUAUUGUUAAUGUGCAGACCAUGUUCAGACUAUUCCCGAGCCUCAGCAUCACCACCGAGCUGACGCACCCUUCCAACAUGCGCUUCAUGCAGUUCAGAGCUAAAGACUGUUACUCCCUUGCACUUUCUAAACUAGAAAAAAAAGAACGAGAGAACGGAUCAAACCUGGCUUUCAUGUUUCGCCUCCCUUUUGCUGCAGGCAGAGUGUUCAGCAUCAGUAUGUUGGACACCUUGUUGUAUCAGUCUUUUGUGAAGGAUUACAUGAUUACCAUCACCAGGCUUCUGCUAGGACUGGACACCACCCCAGGAUCUGGGUACCUAUGUGCGAUGAAGAUCACAGAGGACGACCUGUGGAUCAGGUCAUACGGGCGGCUCUUUCAGAAGCUCUGCUCAUCCAGCGCAGAGAUUCCUAUUGGGAUCUACAGGACGCAGUCGCACAUGUUCUCCACAUCGGAGCCACAUGACAUCAGAACGCAGUCCCAAAUCUCCAUCAACGUUGAAGAGUGUGAAGAUACGAAAGACACGAAGGAACAUUGGGCACCGAAGACCAGUCACAGGAACUCCACGUCCAGUGAUCAGUCCGAGCACCCGCUGCUGCGCAGGAAGAGUAUGCAGUGGGCACGGAGACUGAGCAGGAAAGGCAACAAGCAGGCCGCCAAAUCGGCAGAAUGGAUCAGUCAACAGCGGCUGAACCUGUACAGGAGAUCUGAACGCCAGGAACUGUCUGAGCUUGUGAAGAACCGCAUGAAACACCUGGGCCUCCCGACUACAGGCUACGACGAGAUGAACGACCACCAGAACACGCUGUCUUACGUCCUCAUUAAUCCUCCGCCCGACACGCGACUGGAGCUCAAUGACAUUGUAUAUCUCAUCAGAUCGGAUCCUUUAGCUCAUGUUGCCAAUGACACCCAAAGCCGAAAAAGCAGCAAUAGUUACAAGACCGAACAAACGGGAAAUCCCGAAACGAGGGAUGAGACGCAGCUAUGAGGACAAGCCUGACUCAUGGACGUGGUGCCUAACCCUGAACAGAACUCUGCUGUACAUAUCAGCUGCCGGGCUCGGCCCAUGAGUCGCGUGCGAGCUGGACUUUGGACAAUGGUCUUCACUGCCAGCGACGGACACUGACCCCCAGAGACAGGGACUUUUGAUUCAAAACAAAAACUUUUUUUGUACCAUUUCAGUAAAAGGUCAACCACUGGGUUCAUGGCCUGUACGACGGCACCAUUACAGAUUAACCCAGUGCCGCAACAUUCUCUGUUAUUGAUUGCACUAGACAACUCCAAAUCACCGUGGGUCGUACGGUAUGUUCCCCACGUCUCUCAUUAAACUCCGUCACAGUAUUUUUUUCUCUGCUGAACAAAAACUCCAAAUCAUAUUUCGAUUUUUUUUCCAGUCUAGAAAUGUAUCGUCCUGGGUAUGAGACUGAGGUGCUAACGGGCAGUAACAGGACAUACAGUAUGUACAGUAUUUCUUUAACCCAGUCCGCUACUAUACUACCGUAUGGGAGGAGCAUGUAUGCAAGGACCGUUAUUAUUAUAAUAUCCCAGGGCAUGUCAAUCUAACUCAUUUGAAUAAACCCCUCCCCUGCACUUGAUAGCCACUCCCACAUUAAUCCAUUUAGCAUCUAGUACGACACCACGCACAGUUUACCAUGUUCUGCCCACCUUUGCCCCCACGAUGGUGCUAUGUGCCUUAUUCCAGCCAAACAUUUGGAGAAACAUACCGUGCCAAUAUUUGGAAGA